UUUUUUCCCUUAAAAGGUGAGUUCAUGUUUUAUUGUUUAUAAUAGUAAUGAGUUAUCUUUCUUAGCAACCUGUUGGUUAUUUACAAACAAAUCAAAGUGAAAAGUCAAUAAUAUUUGAAGAUUACAUCCAGACAGUAUCUCAUUGUACUUUGCUCAACUCUGUCACUUCAUUCAAACAAUACUGUAUACCUUAGUGCAUGGUCUGGUUAUAGAGCUUAGAACAAUGAAUUGUCAUUCAUGGGAAUAAUGUUUGGAAACUAAGACUCCUUUAAAUGUUUAUUAAAUGACAUGUGUUCUAACUGAAAUUAUUCAUUUCAGAAAUGGUCACACGGCUGGUAUUCACAAAUAGAUGGAUUAUCAUCAAUUCAAACAAGUUUUUCUUCGUGUAACUUUCAGAAUUAAGUGACAAAUGGUUACAAAUAGAUGUACAUGUACAUACUUAUGGAUAUACCUUAAGUUCAACACAGAAAUUUUAAAGUGUGUCACAAAUUUUGAUUGCUGAAUCUCAGAAAUGACAAGGUCAGCAAUGCGGAGCAAUUCUGCGAUGAGUGGAUUAUCAGGAAUACCAUGUUCUAUGAUGUCACUGUUUACUGGCCCAGAUAAUUGCGAGAGAAGCAGAUCUAGAAUACAGGACAUUGCAAUCCAAACAAGGCAGCGCCUAUCUACAUAUAACAGACCCAGCAGCUCUACAGUGGCCCAAGAUAUGGAAGAUAUGGAUUCUGAAGCCUUGGAUGACUUCCUCUAUUGUCAAGGUAUGAACUUCAGGCCUGUAGCCAGGAUUUGCCAAGGGGGUUCACUUUUUGAAAAAUUCCAGGGGGGUUCAUUUGUGACAAUUUUGGUCCAAAAAUGGCCAAAAUCACUUAAAAAGUGCUCAGAAUGGUGAAAAACUGCAUGAUUUUGAAAGAUUUUUUGGCCAGGGG